GUUUUCGACGUCGCGUCCAUAAACCAGUGAGCACAGUUUAUGAGAUCCGCGCUGCCUAAGUUUGAGCCAUGGUCUUUUGGGCCCUGGCCAUUUUGGCCUUGUUUUUCCCGGCUGUUGGGCAGUUGGUGAACAUCACCUUCGUGCAACUUGGAUCUGGCCGAGCAUCUGUUCAAAACGGGCCAAGCCAUGGCGGGGAAGAUGGUGCGUCUAUGGAAACAAGUGGGGUGAGGAAUGACCUCAAAGCCGUGGAUUGCAGUUUGCUGUGGCAUGGUCCAAUCGACUCUGGCCCUCGAGCCGACUUCGGACCUGUCCCUGCUCAAGGUGGUCAGAAGGUCUUGGAGGUCGUGGUCGGGCACCGUUUUUCCGUGACCCGCGCGGGGUCGCUGGAACCCUUGUUGCAGUUUGACAUUACCAGUGACGUGCAUCACUACUCCAUCAACGAAUCCAUCGCCGUGGGUCGUCCAGUGCCGGAUCCAGACUCGGCGGAGCCAUCGUCGUGCGCGGCCGACUGCCGUUCGGCUGCCAGCUGCGACCAGUGCGUGCAACUGACGGGGUGCGGCUGGAGUGUGGUGCGGCAGCAGUGCUUCCCAGGCCACCCGUUCGCCACGGAGAACUCCGAGUGUCCAGAGACGAAGUCGGGGACGCUGCAAACGUGGCUAGAGGAGGCUGCGACGCUGAUGGACCCCGAGGCAUCGGGCUUUGGCUCUGCCUCCUUGCGGGCCGCCUACCGCGCACUGCAACAUGCGAAUCUUCAAGCUUCGAGCGAAGGUGCUGAUCCAGUGGUGCCGACCAUGGACGUGCCGUCCUCUGUGUUCAUGGCGGAGCUGGCGGCCAAGUUGGACGCCGUCUUCGACGACGCGGAUGCUACAGAGUUGCUGGCGAAGUCGCGCCAUGAGAUCAAGACCCAUCGAAAGGUGACGAUGGUGAAACGUUGCAAACUCUCCGAUGCGCUGCCCUACAUCUCCCGUGGAGAGCCCGUGGUUAUCACCGACUUUUUCCGUGAUGAUCCUGAAACGCAUCCAGUGCCACACAAAUGGACCUUGGAGUACUUGAAGCGCUUCAUGCAUCGAGGUUUCUACAAUGUGGCAGCAGACUUCAAAAGUGUUUGCUGCCAGUACUAUGAGCCACGGAACAUCUCGGCACAGGCUGGAUACCCAUAUCCCUUCAACCCUCGCACACAUCUCUACCGCGACCGCUUCAGCGGCUUUGUCGACACGUUGCGGGCCAAGCGAACCAGCGACCAGAAGGAGCCGAUGUUGCACUACUUUCAUGACGUCGUCAUGGAGCGUGAUGGGAAGCCCGUGGUCGCCGGCCAGGCGGCGCCGCCGCCACUGGACGCGGACCUGGCGGCCACUCUGGCUGCGCUGCGGCCGCUGGCGCAGCGGCAGGCGUUCUUCGCGGGCGUGGCAAACGCCAAGCUUUGGAUCGGCCAGCGCGGAGUGACGAUGCCGCUACACUACGACUCAGCAGACAACCUCUACAUUAUGGCAUGGGGAAGAAAGCGAGUGACCCUGGCAGAGCCCGGACAACUGCGAGCACUGUAUCCGUUUCCCAAUGGCCACCCUCACGCCGGCAGCUCGCAAGUGAACAUCUCUCACCCCGAUUGGUCGAAGCAUCCGGGCUUCGUGGACGCCACGCUCUGGGAGACGGUCAUCGGCCCGGGCGGCGUCUUCUUCCUCCCAGGUCACUGGUGGCAUCAGUUCGAACAACCCUUUGAGGACACUGCCUCCUUGAAUCUUUGGUCCUACGAAUCGCCCCAAGCCCCGCCUAUCCCCGUCCGGGACGAACGCAUGCGCCUGAAUGCGUUGCAUGACUACAUGGAGAAACAAAUCAGCAGCAUCUUUAAGAACAAGGCAGGCAUGACCCUGGCAUCCUUGGCGGCCGGACGAGGCGGGAAGAAGCGGUUGACGCAGGCCAACGAGACGCUGCACCAGGCCGUGGAGACCUGGCGGAAGUGGAUGCUCACGCUGCCCAACGCAGGCACUCCGCUGCCGAGUGCCGAGGCGCUGGUCCAGGAGUUUCUGGAGCUGCGCCACAAGCACGUCAUGAAGGAGCGUUGGCCCGGCUGGUCGCCCGGCGUGGAGUGGAACAUGUCGGCCCUGGUGGCACUGGAACCGCCCGAGCUCCGGGCCCGCUGCGUGGCUUCCACGGAGAAGACGGCCACCUAUGCGAGCGUUUGCAACUGGCCUGCAUAGCGACAUACCGAUGUGCCUGGUGUCAAAUGGUGUCGAACGGCUGAUGGAUCCAGACCUUCAAACAAUGGCUGAAAGUUCGUUGCAGAAGACGAUCUCUGAGACGAUCCAAAACUUGAAGAUUUAGCCUCCGAUGGACAUGGAUGGCACUGCGUUGAACUUGGCUUUCGGGAGUGCCAACCUCGGGCUGAACAGCCGGCGCAAACGUGAGCAAGAGUGACAAGGGAGACACUGAUAGGAACAGGGGAAGUGGAGGCGUUUCGUGCGUGGAGAAAAAUGAGGACCUGAGGAUUCAUCACUUUUCAAUGUGCCUUGAACGCUACUAGUAACAAGUGCAUCGCUU